AUGAUAACGGCAAUAAAUAAUUAUUUUAAGUCAUUAAAGAGGAUUCAGCUAUGUUUGCGGUAUGUGACGUCGACGGCGGUGAAUAGAAGCGGUAAAGGCGACUGUGCAAAGGAGCAGAGGCCCGCGGGGAACAAGAGAAUUCCAUAUGUGUACCCGCACGAGCAAAAAGCGUACAAAGUGAACGAGACGAGGAGAUAUUCCCCCUUCCAUCAUCCGGGACAGACGACGGCCGAAUGGGUGGUGGCGCGUUCCGACGACAUACUAAACUGGGGGAGAAGCACCUCGCUGUGGCCUCUGACGUUCGGCCUCGCCUGUUGCGCGCUAGAGAUGAUGCAUUACGCCGGACCCAGAUACGACAUGGACCGUUUCGGCAUGGUGUUCCGUGGUACCCCGCGGCAGACCGACGUCAUAAUCGUAGCCGGGACCGUCACUAACAAGAUGGCGCCGAUGCUGCGUAAGACAUACGACCUCAUGUCGGAGCCGAGGUUCGUCGUGUCCAUGGGCAGCUGCGCCAACGGCGGCGGAUACUACCACUACACGUACUCCACUGUUAGGGGCUGCGAUAGGAUUAUACCGGUGGACAUAUACGUUCCUGGCUGCCCCCCCACGGCUGAGGCUCUUCUGUAUGCUAUGCUGCAGCUACAGAAGAAGAUCAAGCGCAUGAGACACUGUAUCACUUGGUAUAGACAUUAGAAUAAUUCCGCAGCUCAAAUAA